AUGCGGCAGACUUCAGGAGUUAUUUACAAUUUGAACGAUACAGAGUAUGACCGUUUGCCGCCGCUAUUUAAGCUGGACGAUUACUACCCGUGCCUACGCGGACCCGGAGACCAAUACUGCUAUGUCGACGCUAAACUGGUCACCAACGGCAGCAGAGAACUGCUUCAUGUCAUACAAGAAUAUUCCGCCGCCAACAACUUCACACAUUACGAUCACAAUUUAAUACAUUGGGGUAUCUGCGUGACGAAGACAUGUCGGCAGUAUCUCGGCAACCACACAGUUCACGAGGCCCUCGAGGCCUGCAUCAACUCCUCGCUCCAGCAGACUCACCAGCUCCAAGCCAGGCUGGUGGAGGAAAAAGUUUAUUGCACUGCCUUUGAGGAGACUGAUAAUAUAGAUACUGGGGAUAUAGUUGUGGCUGUGAUUCUUAUAACUAUCCUGACGCUCAAUGUCCUGGGAACUUUAUAUGAUGUAUGCUGUGUUUCCAAAUCUGUAGGUGGAAGAUUUCUUCUAUGUUUUUCUGCGAAGAGGAAUUGGAGACGGCUUUUUGCGCCAUCAGGGGAAGGCAGCGAGCCAAGACUCUCGCGACUCAAGCUUUUCAACGGUAUCAAUAUAUUUAUAUUGCAGACGUACUACGACCCAAUAUUCCACAUAUUCUACAACGGUAACCUGAUCGUGCAGACAUUCUUCGUUCUGUCUGGCUGUCUGCUGGCUUUCAACCUUCUUCUGGGGGAGGAGAAGACGCGGCUGACGUGGCCUAAGUUUCCUAGAUAUGUCAUGCUCAGGUGGAUGCGGUUAACCCCACCAUACGCUGCAGUGCUGGCGGUGAUCGCCACUUGGAUGAAGAGGUUCGGAGACGGGCCUAUGUGGAAGCCCGUGGUAGGCGUGGAGACGGAGGCCUGCCGUCGCGACUGGUUCUACCACCUUCUGUACUUAAACGACUACGUUGACCACUCUCAGUGCAUGGCGCAUACCUGGUACCUUGCAGUAGACAUGAAGCUCACAAUCUUGGGUCUGCUGGUGUUCUGCCUGGUGAAGAGCUGGCGUGCGCGGAAGAUCGCCAUUGGGGUGGCGUUCGUGGCUGGCGUAGUCGCGCCUGCGGUCUGCACCUACUUGCAAAACCUGAACGCUAUACACAUCGUGUCGCCUGAAGUCGCUCGCAACUACUUCGUGGAGGACCCAACCUUCAACAACUUGUACAAGCGGACGCACACCAACAUAGUGUGCUACGCCAUGGGCCUGGCCCUCGGCAUGUGGAUCUACAAAAGGAUGCAGACGGACGUAGACAUUAAUAAGUAUAAGAAAUACCGGCCCGUCUACUGGGCAACGGUCCCCAUCGGUGUGUUUCUGUGUGCCCUCGGCGGCAUAUUCUACAUCGACGGUAUCCAGGUGCCGAUGCUUGCGCGCGUGUUGUACACGCCGGGCGUCAAGCUCUUGUUCGGGCUGUUGGCGUUGGUGCUCAUUCCUGGGACCAUCUUUAAACUGGACACCGUGUACCGUGGCUUCCUCGAGUGGCAAGGCUGGGCGGUGUUAGGCCGCGUCUCCUACUGCGCCUACAUCGUCCACGUGGCUGUCAUACGGGUGACCACGGCCAAUCACGCCACCUUGCUGCACACUAACUUCUUGCAGAUCCUUCUGACAUACUUCGCGCAUCUCAUCACGUCCUUCGUGAUAGCGCUGCCUUGCUGGAUGAUGAUCGAAGCACCCUUCAACCAGCUGGUCAAGCUCUGCUUCUACCCUGCCCCCAAGGAUGAACCCCAAGAAGAUACCCUCAAAACUAUACCCCGAGAAGUUACCCUCAAAAAUAUUCCGCGUGACAUAGACACGAAAGAUGUGAAACCAGUUUUUAUGGUUAACAACAAGGAGAAAGAUUUUGAUGGCACGGUUGUGUUGAAAUUAUAAU